GUUUAACAUCACUUCCUUCAGGGUUAAGGGGAAAAAAAAUUCUGGGAACGCGAGGGGUUGGAUUGAGCCGCACUUAGGGAACGGCUUGGACCUUCUGCUAGGACUCCAUCCCUGCAUCUGCUCUGCCCGGUGGCCCCGUACACUUAUCACCAUGGAGCUGCGACCUGGUCUCGGGGCCACCUGUUUGCUGGGCUUCAGUUUCCUGCUCCUGGUCACCUCUUCUGAUGGACAUACUGGGCUUGGAAAUGGUUUUGGUGAUCACAUUCAUUGGAGGACACUAGAAGAUGGGAAGAGAGAAGCAGCUGCCAGUGGAUUGCCCGUGAUGGUGAUUAUCCAUAAAUCCUGGUGUGGAGCUUGCAAAGCUUUAAAGCCCAAAUUUGCUGAAUCUACAGAAAUUUCAGAACUUUCCCAUAAUUUUGUUAUGGUAAAUCUUGAGGAUGAAGAGGAGCCCAAGGAUGAAGAUUUCAGCCCUGAUGGGGGUUAUAUUCCACGAAUUCUUUUCCUGGAUCCCAGUGGCAAGGUGCGUCCUGAAAUUAUCAAUGAGAAUGGAAACCCCAGCUACAAAUAUUUCUACACCAAUGCUGAGCAAGUUGUUCAGGGGAUGAAGGAAGCUCAGGAAAGGCUGACGGGUGAUGCCUACAGAGAGAAACAUUUCGAAGAUGAGUUAUAACAUGAAUGUGUUCCUUCUCUCAUCCAAGUUAGUGCUCUGGAAGGAGGGCAGCAGGGAGGGAAUGUUGAGGAAUUGCUCAGAACAAUUAAACCAACCAAGAAACCUUACUCCUGCCUACAUGAGAAGGAGCUCUCUCACUGUGGAAGAGUUCUGCUGACAGAAGCUGGUCUCCAUGUUUGUGGAUCCAGCAGCAUGUGGCCGACUUUCUUCUCCAGCCCCUCGGACCUAAAUGUCUAUUUGUCAUUGAAUGUAAAGGAUGAUACCUUUUGACACAAAUCUUGAGCCAUUUGGAGGUUUGCUCCUCAAACUUAAGUAUUUGAAACUUUUUCCAUUUCCUACCACUUUAUUCACCUUGGUGGUGAAAGAGAUCAGGAGCAUUUUUUCUACAAUGUUAAAAUUGCAGAAAUUGCUUAUCAUUUCCAAGAACAAACCCUAAAUGUAAGUGAGUAAUUCUGCCCCCACUAAGGAGACCAGCCUGAUUCUUCUCUCUCUCUCUCUCUCUCUUUUUUUCCUGGGAAAAAUCUUGGCCUUCCUCCUGAAUCCCUGAAACUUCCUUCCUUUUCUCCUGCUUGGGCUUCCCUGUUUGCACGCAUGCGUGUGCAGAGUGGCUGUGUGUUUGGACUCAGCCUCAGCUGGAAGCAUGCUUUCCCUGUUACUGUUGGAGAAACUCAAACCUUCAAGCCCUAGACAGAGCCAUUUUUGUCAAAUUGUCAACUGUAUUUUUGUACUGGGGUUUAAAAAAUAUUAAUUGUACUAUUAAACU